AUGUUAAAAAAAUGGCUGGAAGAUGCAAUAAAAAGUGGCCACAUAAGAUCAAUAAAUUACCAUGAUUUUUAUAAUAUCAAUUCCGUUGCACGAGGUGCGUCUAGUGAAGUUUUGAAGGCAUACUGGACAAAUGGUGAAAGUUUUGUUGCUUUGAAAACACAUAACAACGCCUCCAGAACUGAAGGAUCACUUGAUAGUUUUGUUCGUGAGCUCAAAUUUAUUAGACAUUUAGAGUUCUGCGAUCAUGUUAUUCGAUUUUAUGGCAUUAGUUACGGUGUAGAUCCCUCACAGCAAUCUUGUCUAGAUGCGCUUAAGGUUAUUGUUAACCAAAAACUUGUGAAUAUAAAUAAUUGUUCAAAUACUCCAAACAAUGGUACUCCAAUUGCACCGCCGUUAAGCCAAAUUAACGCGAAUAUGGCUGAAUAG